AUGGCGAAGAUUCAGCAGUCUCUCAGUCGGCUUCGGAAUCUAUGCCGGUCCGGAAUCAGAGCACACGUUCUGGCCAUGCUCUUGAUAGCCGUCGUCGUGUUGGGGUUCGAGAACUCGGCGAUCUUCUCUCGAAAAGGCCUCCCGCAUGAUCCUGGGCAGAGCUUCUCGGCGACUGUUUCCUUCCCUCGACCAGGUGAUUCGGAGUACUCCGGCGAAGAGGAUUUCUCUGUUCCCCUUAUCAUCUCAGAACCAGACAAGGAUUCCGGAGCAAACGGCACUGGGGCUCCGGAGAAAGUUAAAAUCUUGAAUAAUUCCUCUCCGGGGACGGAGAAGCUCGAAAUCUCGAAUGGUACCUCCUCGCCGCCGGCGGGUUCUCCCGCUGUGCGAAGGAAGAAGAGGAGAAGUCAACCGCUUGCAGAGAGAAACUCGAAUGGUACCUCCUUUCCUGGCCCGGAGAAGCUCGAAAUCGCCGAUGGUACCUCCUCGCCGCCGGUGGGUUCUCCCGUGAACGAGGGGGCGGCUGUGAGAAAGACAGAGAGAGAAAGUCGACCGCCGCCCAGGAGCGAGGAAACGGAUAGUCGGGACUGCGCGCGCGAGAGGGAUCCUCGGAGGCCGAGGGGAAAUGUCGAGCCUGUGAGGACAAUUCGAGAGAUGAGCGAGAUUCUGAUGAGGAAUCGACGUUCGUCGUGCUCACUGGUACGUAUCCCUUAGACGGAAGAUCAAGAAGAUUCCCAUAAGACUCUACAUCGUCUUACAGUUCGCUGCUACAGAUUCCGCGGUGGUCUUCUCCGGCUGAUCAGCAGAUUCUUCAAGCAAGGAGAGAGAUCCUCAACGCUCCGAUCGUGGAAGACGACCCAGAGCUCUACCCGCUCGUUUACCGAAAUUUCUCGACCUUCAAGAGGUAAAAAAAAAGUCUGCGAGAGGACUGAAAAACCUCGACGACGGCGCCGAUCUGUUCUGAGAACCAGAGGAAUCUUUACUUCUUCAGGAGCUACGAGCUGAUGGAGAAGAUGCUCAAGGUGUACGUCUACAAGGAGGGCAAGAGACCCAUCUUCCACGAGCCUCGUCUCGCGGGGAUCUACGCCGCGGAGGGCUGGUUCAUGAAGCACAUGGAGGGGAAGAACCGCUUCCUCGUCGACGAUCCUUCGAAGGCCCACCUGUUCUAUAUGCCUUUCAGCUCCACCAACCUCCGCAUCAAGCUGUACAUCCCCAACUCCCACAGCAAGGGAAACAUGAUCAACUAUCUCCGGGACUACGUCGCCACCAUCGCCGCCAAGUAUCCCUUCUGGAACAGGACCGGCGGCGCCGACCACUUCUCCGUCGGCUGCCACGACUGGGUAACGCUCGUAAGACCCACCACGGCGGUUCCGCCUCUGUAGCAGAAACUCUAACUCUCUCAUCAACAGGCGUCGAAGCUGACGGCGCUGUCGAUGGGGGACACCAUUAGAGCCGUCUGCAAUGCCGAUAUCGCGGGGGUCUUCGAGCUCGGCAAGGACGUGUCCAUUACGCUGACGCCCGUGCGGAACCCACGGAACCCCCUGCAGAAUGUGGGCGGCAAGCCGGGACGGAAGAGGGACACCCUCGCCUUCUUUGCGGGGCAGACUUCCCACGGCUACGUGCGGCCAUUGCUUCUGCAACAAUGGGGGAAUGGAGACCCCGACAUCAAGGUCUUCGGGUCGCUGCCCAAGGGAGGGAGGACAUACGCCGAGCACAUGAAGAGCAGCAGGUACUGCCUCUGUCCCAGGGGCUAUGAGGUCAACAGCCCCCGAUUGGCGGAGACCUUCUUCUACGAAUGCGUUCCGGUGAUCAUCUCCGACAACUUCGUGCCCCCCUUCUUCGAUGUCCUCAACUGGGAGGCCUUCUCCGUGGUGGUGGCGGUGAAGGACAUCCCCCGGUUGAAGGAGAUCCUCGAGUCCAUCCCCAGAAAGAAGUACCUGGCCCUUCAGACCGGGGUGAAGAAGGUCCAGCGGCACUUUCUCUGGCACAGCAAGCCGGAGAGGUACGACCUCUUCCACACGACCCUCCACUCCAUCUGGUUCAACAGGGUCCUGCAGUUCAGGGACCAGGAGCCGACCGAGGUCUCGUAG